AUGGAAUUUGAGAGGUUGAGGCAUGGUAACUUGACCGUUCAAGAGUACUAUCUCAAAUUUAUUUCGUUGUCCAGAUAUACUCCUCAUAUGGUUGCCGACAUGAGGGCAACCGUUAGAAGAUUUGUACUGGGGUUGAAACCCGAAUUAUACAGAGAUGCCAAGAUUGUAGCUCAGAAUGAUAAGAUGACUAUCUCUAUGAUCUUGGCAUUUGUGCAAGCAAGUGCCCCGGUCCUUAAGUUCCGAAAUGACAAGAAGAAGAACUUCAGACCACCGAGCUCUUAUUCUCAAGCUAGUAUGGGCCAGUCAACCUAUACUAUUCCAGUUUGCAGCAAGUGUAGCAAGAGAAACUUAGGUGAGUGUCGUAUGGGUACAGAUGCAUGCUAUGGUUGCGGCCAAAAGGGCCACAUUCAGAGAGAUUAUCCAUCAGCUAGACAGGGUAUUGGAGGUUACGUGGUGCAGUCCACGAAUUCAGCAAUCCCUCGUAAUAAUUAG